AUGAAAGAGGUUGUGGGUCAGAAUGGGGUCGUUAGAAAAGUCGAGCUUGUCCGGAUUAUAGCCGAGGCACUAUAUUCUCUCGGCUACUCCAAGUCCGGGGCCCGCCUGGAGGAGGAGUCUGGGAUCCCACUGCACUCAUCUGCAGUGGAGCUGUUCAUGUAUCAAGUGCUAGAGGGCCAAUGGGAUGAAAGUGUCUCCAUGUUGCGUGAGAUGGGCUUGGCCGAUGAGAAGGCUCUUAAGUUAACUACUUUUCUCAUGUUCGAGAAGAAAUUCUUCGAGCUUCUGGGUGGAGGGAAAACAUGGAUGCUUUGA